AUGUCCGCCACGACCUCAGGUGCUACAAAAGGGGCCCAAUCAGCUAAGACAACUUCAGGAUCAACUGGGGAGCUGGCAAGGUCGCCAUCGAGUACCGUUCGGUCUCCACAAGCUGGACUGACGAACGAUGAGAAGAGGCGAUCCGCAGUGGUGCCCCAGGAUGGUGAGUACCAAGCUGUUUUGGAAUCAUUUAGCGUUGGUAAUCCUGUCAUAAAUAUGGCUGCGGUGUCUGAUAUAGAACAUCUCGUUGUGGCGAUUACAGAGGACAGAACACCGCUGCAUGCUGCUGGCGCGGUGAUGCUGGCGCUGUCUCUGCCGUGCGCUACCGAGGGCAGCCAGAGGAGUGCAGCAGCUUCAGCUGGGAAGCAGGCCCCCCUGACGUCCACCAACACGCGAUCGCCGGUCGUGACACCUGCAACGGCGCAUUUGGACGCCUUGCUGCCGGCCUCACAUAGCAGCCACACAGCAUCUUCGGUGGCUGCCACAUCGGGCGACACCUCAGGAUCUGUCAGUGAGGGGGUGAGGACUCCAUCUAGGGCUAUCCAGUCACCACAGAUAGCAUCACCAAGGACCCGGGCUGCAGUUGCUACUCCAACAGCAGCUGACGAGCCAGUUAUGGACAAGGCAAUGAGACGCACCACUGCAAAAAAUCUGAACCCCCAGGCGACCCCAUGCAAGAGCACAGGAAUCAGCUCUCCUGCAGGUACUCUACAGGACUACACACUGGCUGCGCACUUGGGCUACCCUUCAACAGCCUACUUCACGGGAGGCGCUUGCUGCGGCCUCUCGGUUCUUGGAGCAGGUGGCCAAGGAUAUUUUCUCCCAGGCGCAUGGGUGGCGAUCUAG